UUCGCUGCUGGCCGCUGUCUUAUAGACGGGUGUUUUUCUUUUGCAGAAACGCGAUGUGUGCUGCGAUAGACAUGCUCGCGUCGGAGCAAAUGUUCUACGGUCAUAGCCCCCCAGCCGGAUUCCUGACUGAUUACACCCCUCAAGUUAGAAGACCUACAAAGAUAACAACUAGGGGGUUCUCGGCACCAUGUCUAUCAGUUCUAAAACCAGUGCAACUCACUCUAAAGGCAGCUCCAAGAUCGUGCAUCAGGCUAUCGAAUGAUAAAAAGAACAAACGUGUUGUUUUCGCCGAUGAUAGAGGAUAUGCUUUGGAACAGGUCAAGUUUAUGACAGAACCUUCACACGUUCCACCAUACUGGGCUUUAAAAAUAAUACCCAGUCCACCGCUAGAAAGGAAACCUCCACCUCAAGCUGUUGUGGAUUUGUGGGAACCGCGAUUUUGUCAACCGGCCUCCGAUUAUUUGGAAUUCCGCCGGCGUAUCACGGAAAACUGUGUAUCUUUAGAGAACGUUAUAAUUAAACAAAACGAAUGCGCGGUAGACGGUACGAUAAAAGUGAAAAAUUUGGAUUUUAACAAGGAAGUAUUCGUACGAGCAUCGUCAGACGGGUGGAGGACGCAUGAAGACUCGUAUUGUGCAUUUGUCGAAUCCGGACCUUUGAGUGUAAACGGUGUUUCUACAUACGAUACAUUCGGGUUUAGAUUGCAGCUACCCAUCCAUUCGCGACGGCUAGACUUCUGUGUGUGUUUCCGAUGCAAAGGGAAUGAAUAUUGGGACAACAAAAACGGAGAAAAUUAUACAAUAGAAAAAUCAUCUGUCCGUAAGCCGCCAGCGAUAUCGUGUGCUAGAAUCAACAACGGCAACUCUUGGACGAUGAAAACUAACGAUGGAAAUACGCCAUAUUGGUGAAAGGUGCUAUAUUUUUUUGGUGGUAUGUGUCUUGGCGUGUGCCAAUCUGUGAUCUAGUGCCAUAUUGUUCGUUUGAACACUAAGGAACGAAGGUUUGUUAUGCCUAUUAUUAAGCUCGAAAAUAGACUGCUCUUUCUAAUUUAUAUUCUAUUUUGAUUAUUUCUAAUAAUUAUAGACUGAUUGACGGUCAAUGUAUAGUUUUUGAAUAAAUGAAAUGCGCUCGGUGUCCUCAAUAGUAUAGACUGACUCGUUAGCCAUUUAGUUCUUAUUUUCUUAUGUUAUUUAUAUAUAAUAAGUUACAUAAUAAUAAUUUUAAAGUUGAUUGUAGCAACAUUAAUUAAUUGUUAAAACAGUUUUGAUCUUUAUGUUGUUAUCAAACACUACCUACCCUCUUUUACUCUUUCUGCAUCGAUUUUGUGCCUACUGCUUCUUGAUAAGAACUUUUAGAGUGAUUAUUCUAGUCUAUAUUAAUGAAAAUCGUCAGCCACGUAGACAUAGUAAAACAAUGAUUUAAAUCAUUUAAUCAAAUACACAUAAAUCCUCAUGCUAAUAUUUUUAAUGCAAGUCCUUGAAGUUUUGAUUUUUGAUUGUAAAUUGAAAUUGCAAAUAGGAAUAUAUGAAAGCAGCCAUCAAUUUUUUUAAAUUACUAUUACAAGUAUAAUUUCCCUCGAGAAUAAGAAAGGAUAAGGAAAAAUACAGUUUAUAUUAUACAAUAUUAAUAUUAAAAAAAACUCGAAAGAUAAAGGCGACGUCUCGUCACUUAUCGUUAAAUAAAAUGAAAGUUAUUUAGACAUGUGCAAAUAUAUUUCUUGCGUUAUCAAAUGAAUGUUUUGCGAGAUUUGAGUAAAUUGAAAUCAUUUACUCGGUGCGUGAACAGGCAAACUUGUUUAUGAAUGUUUUGUUGUCAAGACAGGUUUACAAUAUUAAAUAAUAAAUAAAAAGUAUUGUUAUUAAAAAUUGGAUGUUCAUAUAAAAAAAUAGUUGUAUAACGACGUAGUUAUGUUGAUAUUAUGCAAGUAAAGUAUGCUUCGUUCUAAGCAGAUAUGAAAUCGACAAUGAAAAAUAUUAGGUAUUUAAAAACUUUCGAAAAAAAUUGUUACGAAAAAACCUUGAGUUUUAUAUUUUUGAUUUUUUUUUAAAUCAUAUAUCGUAGUGUACAUUAUAAAACUUAUUUAUAGAAUACUUCCGUUUUUUU